GGAUAUUAGUAUUGCGGAACUGCAGUCUGUGUUUACACAAGGGAGAAGGUUCACUUGGCAAAGCUCAAAGUAACGGUGAAACAUGCUGCAACCCUUCAUACUCGCCCUCAGCCUGUUACCAUGGAUCCCAGCCCUCCUCUGUAGCACCGAGGGAGAGCUCUCAGUCCUGGAGGGUCAAAGCCUCACAGUCCCGUGUCACUAUGAGCCCCAGUAUGCCAGCUAUGUAAAGUACUGGUGCCGGGGGAAGACGAAGGAGUUCUGCAGCAGCCUAGCUCGCACGGAUGUGACCCGUUCGGCCAAUACAGCUGAGGAGAAAGUGGGCAUCUUUGACGACCCGGUCCAGCUGGUGUUCACUGUGACCAUGAGCAACCUGAGGGAGGAGGACUCUGGGUGGUACAUGUGUGGCGUGGAGAUAGGCGGUGUGUGGAGCGCUGAUGUUGUCACUUACACUAACAUCAGGGUGAUUCAUGGUCUGACAGUGGUGAACAGCCGGCUGAGUGGGGGAGAAGGGAGUAGUGUCACAGUUGAAUGCCACUACAGUGAGAGAUUCAGAGAAAGUGAGAAGAAGUGGUGUCGAAGUGGAGACUGGAGCUCUUGUCUGUCGACGGGUUCUGAAGGGAGCUACGAUGACACUUCAGUGGCCAUCAGCGAUGACAGAACUAGGACUUUCACUGUAACCUUAAAGAAGCUGCAGAUGAGAAACACCGGCUGGUACUGGUGUUCUGCAGGACAACAAAAGAUGCCCGUGCAUGUGCAGGUCACACCCCGACCCACGACUACAGCAGUGUCUGUGACAUCCCCGCCUCAGUCUAUUGCAUAUCUGCCUCCACCCAAACCCAUCACUAAGGAGUCGGGGAACAAUCACAGUCACAUCUUGUGGUCUUUGCUGGUGUGUGCUUCUGUAAUGCUCCUUUUGGGUUUGGCCAUAUUGGCGAGGAAGUUGUGGAAGAAGCACAAGCAGGAUCCUGUGCUGAGACAACUUAAGGAGAUAAAAGCAAGGCACAAUGAGUACUCAGGGGAUGUAGGUGACCAGCAAAGCACUGCUGUCAUUUUCCUUAACAGGGAUUCCCAGGACAUUCAUAUGUACUGAACUUUGUCCGUGCAGCGUUUAUCAAUGCUCUUUGUAACUGAAUGUAAUGUUUGUUUUAGUUCACUGCACGCAGCACAUGUUUUAUUUCCAUCGUCUUUUGUACAUACCAGCAUAUUUAAAGAUAUAAUGUUUUCUGUUUGCUUCUCCACAUGCAACUGGUAAAGGCUGGAGAUCUUACAAGAACAUACUCUUGUGAGGCGAAUUUAGCUAAAUAUAAUUCUGUAGUUUUAUUUCAUUGUCAGCUGUUACUACCACUAACAACACUGAGGUCAUGUUUUAUGUAUUACCACAUUUCUUGUUGGAAUCUGCAUUCUACAGUUAAACAUUUGACACGGUCUUUUUUUUUUUACUGAUUCCAGUAUUUUUAAAUGUGAUUAUUUUUAUUUUCAUAAAUACAAUAGAUCAAAAAAUACAU